UGCCAGCCCAGAAGCCUCUAAGCCUCCUAAUCUCCCCCUGAGCCCUCAGCGUUCAUGAAGCGUAUUCUCCUGGUUUUGACUGUUAGCCUGCUCCUGGCCCAGGUUACCCAAGCCAGGCACUGCUGGAAAAAGUUGGGAAGGUGCAGAACAACGUGUAAAGAUAGUGAAGUAUUCUACCUCUUAUGCAAUGAUGAGACUAAGUGUUGUGUCAACCCCAAGCAUGUACCUGUCAAAACUAGAUCCUUGCCGCCAACCGGAAGCCUGGAGUAACUUCUGCAGUCUGGCCCAUCUCGCCCGACUUUGAGCCCAACGUCAUCGGAGCCCACGGCUCUACUAAAUCAUUCUCGACUGUCCCAUUUGUGUCUGGUAGCUCCGCCUCAUUGAACUUACAAAUCAAGAACAAAGAGAGGUGUGCGUGCAGAGUCAGCACUGCCAGGAGAAUUUUCUAUAAUGAUGGAAACAUCCCAGCUCCGCGGUGUCCAAUAUGGUAGCUACUAGCCACGUGUGGCUGUUGGCCAUUUGAGAUGUGGUGAGUGAGUGGGUGGAGACGCCUGUUGCAUCCUUGUUUGUAAUGCAAAAGGAAAACCCCAGAACAUUCUAAAUGCCCAUUAGCCCGGAAAUGAAGUAUGCAUACCGAUGACCACUACGUCUCACUUAAAAAAGAGGAUGUCAAUCUACCUAACGCUGCAAGACAUAUUGUGGGGUGAAAAAAAGAAAGACGUCCCCUGAAAUAGAAACCAAAACAUCAACCAAUGCUAUGUUUUCUAAAGAGAGGCCCAGGCACAAGGAGGGUAGCUAGAUUGGAUGGUCUCAGGAGGAAUGGGAUGAAGAGUUUAGCUUCAAGUUCAGGAGAGGAGUUGCCUGCCAUUUGGAGGUGUUAAAUCUCCACACAACCAGGAGAAAAGAUGGGGGUUCGGCUCCAAGGGUGUUUGAUAAAACACCCUGAGGUGAUAAGUGUUUGGACAGGAUUGCCAGCAUGGAGGUCAUCACUGUGGAGACAGCCACCAUGGCUCUGGUCCUGGGACCAGCAACCUUUGCCUCCAUGUUGGGUAUGACAGCCCCGGUGAGGAACAGUUCUCCAGUGCCCAGAGCCGCUCAAUGAACGGUUAGCGGAAUUCAUCAGCAAUACCUUGAGCAUGAGAAGCAAGAGAAAUGAAGAUCAUCAUCAUCGAGUAAGGAUCAAGUUCCUCCUCAUUUACCAAAAUCAUGGGGUCCUAGUAGGAUCAAGUGGAGGAAGGCAGGACACCCCAACGACAACUGCCAUUGGACACCUCACCAGCUUUGCAAGUGGUAUCUUGGAGCUGAAUUUAAAAUGCAUACACAGAUGGGGCACCUGGGUGGCUCA